AUCUCAACCGGCACCAUGAAAUUCCUGAUUGUCCUGUCCGCCAUUUUGGCCAUUUCUUUUGCCGAACUUCAGCUGUCCGAUGAGCAGAAGGCCGUGGCCCAUGCCAAUGGAGCCCUUUGUGCCCAGCAGGAGGGAGUUACCAAGGACCAGGCGAUCGCUCUGCGAAAUGGCAACUUUGGGGACAGCGAUCCCAAGGUAAAGUGCUUCGCCAACUGUUUCCUGGAGAAGACCGGAUUCCUGAUCGAUGGAGAGGUACAGCCCGCUGUCGUUUUGGCCAAGUUGGGACCGCUAGUUGGCGAGGAUACCGUGAAGGCCGUUCAGGCCAAGUGUGAUGCCACCAAGGGAGCUGAUAAGUGCGACACCGCCUUCCAGCUAUUCCAGUGCUACUACAAGAACCGCGCCCAAAUCUAAGCGGAAAUCUUGCGAAUUUAAUAUGUGUGAUAAUCUGUCUGUGACCUGUUACUUUUUUUGCUUUAACUACCUUUGUCCUAUGAGAAUACCAAGAAUAGAUUUUGAGCUCCUUGAAUAAAAUGUUAGAAAAAAAAUG